CUUAAAUGUAAAGUUUGCUACUUAGGCAGUAUUAUUUUUGGAUCCCAGCUUCGCCUACUGCGCAAAAAUGAAAGCGUCUAUAAAAACUCCCAGUUUUUGGUAGCAGCCGAGCUAAUCACCAUCCAAUGGCUGUAAAUCACAAUCGACACGAUCUCUUAAUUGUUUCCACGCACGGUCACAUAUACUGUCUUCAAAAGAAGACUGGAACCCGGAUAUGGCGGCAAGACUUUCCAAGCAAAUACACUGGUGGAUUAAUAUCGUUGUUUAUUAAUGAUGCAGAUCAGCUUAUUGUAGCUGCUCAAGGUAAAACCUGUGCUAUGGACCUGUUCACAGGCACUCACCGAUGGACGAAUGAUAUGGAGGGAAUGGGAUAUCAUGAGAUAAGUGUGAUAUCCACGCCGACCAUGAACCAUGGUAUGUCAUAUGAACCUCCAGCAAACGAGAAAUCAGGUUGGGGAGAGGAUCUGAACGAGCGACCGCCUGAGUAUGCAGCGAGCGAAAAGGGCGUGGUCGUUGCAUGUUCGUAUGGAAAAGUGGCUGGAAUUGACUCCAAGUCUGGCCAGACGCUUUGGAAAUUUGAUUGCCCAAGCGGUGGAUAUAACCUUCCUGUGGUUAUUGCAGAAAGAGACAUCAUCUUUAUUGGAUGUGGUCGAAUGGUGUAUGCCCUCAAUCCCAAGAAUGGCAGCACGGUUUGGUCGACCAAGGCUACUAAUGGUUUAGUGGGAUCGGGAUGGAUGACCAUGGCCACAGUAUGGGGAUCUCGACAAGCAGAAGUUCAUACCGGCGGGAUUAACUGUCCAGUGCCACAAACAAAGAUAGCAGAGGAUGCCAGGAACAGAAGCCAAUAGAUAAUUCGUUGCCCACCGUGUUCAAUAAAUAUAUAUAUGUAUAUUAUUCGCAAA